GUGCGCUUGUUUCUUGUCGGAAGCUUUAAGUAGCUACCAGCAYGAGACGGAGUGGGAUAUUCUGUACUAAAUUAAUACAUAUCUGACUCCAGAAGGUUUUAUCCUUCAAAUUCAAGAUGUCUCGGGGCUCCAUAGAGAUUCCUUUGCGGGACACAGAUGAGGUUAUUGAGCUCGACUUUGACCAGCUGCCUGAAGGAGAUGAGGUCAUCAGUAUCUUGAAACAGGAGCACACGCAGCUGCACAUCUGGAUUGCUUUGGCGUUGGAGUACUACAAACAAGGCAAAACAGAGGACUUUGUCAAGCUUUUAGAAGCUGCCCGUAUUGAUGGAAACCUUGACUACAGAGACCAUGAGAAGGACCAGAUGACCUGUCUGGAUACUUUGGCAGCUUACUAUGUUCAGCAAGCGCGUAAAGAGAAAAACAAAGAUGCCAAGAAAGAGCUCAUCACGCAGGCCACCCUGCUAUAUACUAUGGCAGACAAGAUCAUCAUGUACGACCAGAACCACUUGUUGGGACGAGCCUGUUUCUGCUUGCUGGAAGGAGACAAAAUGGAUCAAGCUGACGCUCAGUUUCACUUUGUACUCAACCAGUCUACCAACAACAUCCCUGCUUUGCUUGGUAAGGCCUGCAUCUCCUUCAAUAAAAAGGAUUACAAAGGAGCACUGGCAUACUACAAAAAGGCUUUGCGUACAAACCCCGGCUGCCCAGCUGAGGUAAGGCUGGGAAUGGGCCACUGUUUUGUGAAACUAAACAAACUGGAGAAGGCCCGUCUGGCUUUCGGUCGAGCUCUGGAGCUGAAUUCAAAGUGUGUUGGAGCUCUGGUUGGUUUGGCGGUGUUGGAGCUCAACAACAAAGAGGCAGACUCCAUCAAGAACGGAGUUCAGCUCCUGUCUCGAGCCUACACCAUCGACCCCAGCAACCCCAUGGUGCUUAACCACCUCGCUAACCACUUCUUCUUCAAAAAGGACUACAGUAAAGUGCAACAUCUCGCCCUGCAUGCGUUCCACAACACGGAGGUUGAGGCCAUGCAGGCUGAGAGCUGCUAUCAGUUAGCACGCUCAUUCCACGUGCAGGAGGACUACGACCAGGCAUUUCAGUAUUAUUACCAGGCCACUCAGUUUGCUUCAUCCACCUUCGUGCUGCCCUUCUUUGGUCUUGGACAGAUGUAUGUGUAUCGUAGAGACAAGGAAAAUGCAGCUCAGUGCUUUGAAAAAGUGUUAAAGGCUUAUCCCAACAACUAUGAAACAAUGAAAAUCCUGGGGUCUCUUUAUGCAGCGUCUGAUGAUCAGGAAAAGAGAGACAUAGCAAAGGGCCACUUGAAGAAGGUAACAGAGCAGUAUCCAGAUGAUGUGGAGGCAUGGAUUGAACUGGCUCAGAUCUUGGAGCAGACAGAUAUCCAAGGCGCGCUUUCGGCUUACGGCACGGCCACUCGCAUCUUACAGGAGAAGGUCCAGGCUGACGUUCCCCCUGAGAUCCUUAACAACCUGGGGGCUCUGCACUUCAGACUGGGGAACCUGGGAGAAGCAAAGAAAUAUUUUCUUGCAUCCCUGGAGCGAGCCAAAGCUGAGGGAGAGCACGACGAGCAUUACUACAAUGCUAUUUCUGUCACCACCUCCUACAACCUGGCCCGUUUGUACGAGGCCAUGUGUGAAUUCCACGAAGCUGAGAAACUCUACAAAAACAUCCUCAGAGAACAUCCCAACUAUGUGGACUGUUAUUUACGUCUUGGUGCGAUGGCUCGUGACAAAGGAAACUUCUACGAGGCUUCGGACUGGUUCAAAGAAGCCCUGCAGAUCAAUCAGGAUCACCCAGACGCCUGGUCACUGAUUGGAAACCUUCAUUUAGCCAAACAGGAGUGGGGGCCAGGCCAAAAGAAGUUUGAGCGUAUUCUGAAACAGCCGUCCACGCAGAACGACACAUACUCCAUGCUGGCCCUGGGGAACGUGUGGCUGCAGACCCUGCACCAGCCUACCAGAGACCGUGAAAAGGAAAAGAGACAUCAGGAUCGAGCCCUGGCCAUAUACAAGCAAGUCCUGCGAAAUGAUGCCAAGAACCUUUAUGCUGCUAAUGGCAUCGGAGCCGUACUCGCCCAUAAGGGUUAUMUCAGAGAGGCGCGAGAUGUGUUUGCACAGGUGAGAGAGGCCACUGCAGAUAUCAGCGAUGUCUGGCUCAACCUGGCUCACAUCUACGUGGAACAGAAACAGUACAUCAGCGCCGUGCAGAUGUAUGAGAACUGCUUGAAGAAAUUCUACAAAUACCAGAACACAGAGGUGCUGCUGUACCUCGCAAGAGCCCUCUUCAAAUGUGGGAAACUACAAGAGUGCAAGCAGAUGCUGCUGAAGGCUCGGCAUGUGGCCCCCAGUGACACGGUGCUGAUGUUCAACGUGGCCCUGGUGCUCCAGAGGCUGGCCACGCUGGUACUGAAAGAUGAGAAGAGCAACUUGAAGGCUGUGCUCAGUGCCGUCAAAGAGCUUGAACUGGCUCACAGAUAUUUCAGUUACCUCAGCAAAGCUGGAGACAAGAUGAGGUUCGACCUCGCGCUCGCUGCUUCUGAGGCCAGGCAGUGCUCUGACCUGCUGAGUCAGGCUCAGUACCAUGUGGCCAGAGCCAGAAAGCAGGAUGAAGAGGAGAAGGAGCUCCGUGCCAAACAAGAACAGGAGAGGGACCUGCUGCGCCAACAGUUGCUAAAAGAACAGGAAGAAAAGCAAAAACGAGAAGCAGAGGAGCAGAAGAAGCUCCUGGAGCAGAGAGCUUUGUUUGUGGAGAAGACCAAGAACCUGCUCACCUUCGUAGACGGACCAAAAGAAGUCUCCAAAGACAAGAAGAAGGGAGGUGGCGGACGUCGUAAGAAAGGAGGCGACAUGGACGAAUUUGUUAACGACGAUUCUGACGAGGACCUGCCGCAGAGGAAGAAGAAGAGAAGGGACAGCGGCAGCGAGCAGGAGAAUGGCGAGGAAGGAGAGAAGAAAAAGAAGCGAAGGAGACCUGCGAAAGGAAGGGAUGACAGCGAUGACGAGGACGGAGAGUCUCGACCGAGGAAGCAGCGCAGACCCAAAGAAGGGCGCAAGAAGAUGGAGAGGCCCCAGCCUGAGCGUAUGCCACCGUCUCUUAAGGGAAAGAUCAAAUCUAAGGCCAUCAUCUCGUCCUCAGACUCCUCAUCAGAUGAGGAUGGACUGAAAAUAGCUGAAGAUAGACAACAAGACAAUGGCUCAGGUUCUGAUGAUGAAGACGGCGGCGGCGGCCACAGGAAGCGUAUAGCAUCCGACAGCGASUCGGACGGUGGAAAGAAAAGCUCUGGCAGUGAAGCGGGAAGCCCUCGGCGCUCCGCGGGCUCAGAGGAUGACGAGUCGGGCAGCGACACGCCUGUGAAGAAGAGGAGGGUACAGAGACAGUCGGACUCGGAACAGUCGGACAACGAAAGCAAGAGGAGUCAGUCGGGAUCGGACGAGUCGAGGGCCGCAUCACCUGUCGCAGCGUCAGACAGAGGUUCUGAAGCCGGGUCAGACGAGGGCUCCCCUCGCCGCUCUGACAACGGAUCAGAACAGGCCUCCAACAACGAAGAGGACAGUGAUUAAAUCACAAAUUCAUUUACUUUUCUUUUCUAUCAGAGGUUCAUGUCUGUGUUAGUACCUCACAUUUAGGCUAGGAAAGUUUUUGUUUUGAGAUGUUGUUUAUAUUCUACUGGAACUCUUGUUUUUAAAGACCUGUUUUGACCAACAGCUGGACAGAUGUCUCAUGGUCAAAUGAGAUUAACUCAAAGAUGGAAAAAUGUUUCAUGAAAUGUCACUCUUCCACUUGACAUUGGCUCAAAUAUUUCAAAUAAAACUUCCAAGACGUA